AUGGAAUUCGUGGCGUCCAUCGUCGACACGGUGUUCCGGCCGCUCAAGGACUACUUCGCGCGGACCGUCGGCUACGUCAUGUCCUGCGGCGACUACAUCGACGCGCUGGGCCACGAGAUGAACGAGCUCAAGAGCAAGCGCGACGACGUCAAGCGCAUGGUCGACGCCGCCGAGCGCCAGGGCAUGGAGGCCACCAGCCAGGUCAAGUGGUGGCUCGAGUGCGUCGCCCUGCUCGAGGACGCCGCCGCGCGGAUCGCCGACGAGUACCAGGCGCGCCUGCAGCUCCCGCCCGACCAGGCCCCCGGCUACAAGGCCACCUACCACCUCAGCAAGAAGGCCGACGAGGCUCGCGACGAGGCCGCGGGCCUCAAGGAGAAGGCCGACUUCCACAAGGUCGCCGACGAGCUCGUGCAGGUCCGCUUCGAGGAGAUGCCCAGCGCGCCGGUCCUCGGCAGGGAUGCGCUGCUCCAGGAGCUCCACACCUGCGUCCGGGACGGCGGCGUCGGCAUCGUUGGCAUCUACGGCAUGGCGGGGGUCGGCAAGACCGCGCUGCUCAACAAGUUCAACAACGACUUCCUCAUCAACUCCCAUGACAUCAAUGUCGCCAUCUACAUCGAGGUCGGCAAGGACUUCGAUCUCAACGACAUCCAGAGGAUCAUCGGCGACCGCCUCGGCGUGUCGUGGGAGAACCGCACGCCCAAGGAGCGCGCCGGUGUGCUCUACAGGGUGCUCAGCAAGAUGAACUUUGUGCUGCUGCUGGACGACGUUUGGGAGCCACUCAAUUUCCGGAUGAUUGGCAUCCCGGUGCCCAAGCACAACUCCAAGAGCAAGAUCGUCUUGACGACGAGGAUCGAGGAUGUGUGCGACCGCAUGGACGUCCGCCGCAAGCUCAAGAUGGAUUGUCUUCCCUGGGAGCCAUCGUGGGAGCUCUUCCGUGAGAAGGUUGGCGACCACCUGAUGAGUGCUAGCCCUGAGAUCCGGCACCAAGGGCAGGCGCUGGCCAUGAAGUGUGGCGGGCUGCCCCUCGCGCUCAUCACUGUUGGCCGGGCGAUGGCCAGCAAGCGUACUGCAAAAGAGUGGAAGCACGCCAUCACUGUGCUAAAGAUUGCCCCAUGGCAGCUUCUUGGCAUGGAGUUUGAUGUUCUUGAGCCUCUCAAGAAGAGUUAUGAUAACCUGCCCAGUGACAAGCUAAGGCUCUGCCUGCUAUAUUGCUCACUGUUCCCAGAGGAGUUCUCUAUUUCCAAGGAUUGGAUCAUAGGCUACUGCAUUGGUGAAGGUUUCAUAGAUGACUUGUAUACUGAGAUGGAUGAAAUAUACAACAAGGGGCAUGACCUUCUUGGUGAUCUCAAGAUUGCCUCUUUGCUGGAGAAAGGCGAAGAUGAGGAUCAUAUCAAGAUGCAUCCUAUGGUCCGUGCCAUGGCGCUGUGGAUAGCAUCGGAUUUUGGCACCAAGGAGACCAGAUGGCUUGUCCGUGCUGGAGUUGGGCUGAAGGAGGCACCAGGCGCAGAGAAAUGGAACGAUGCUGAGCGGAUUUCUUUCAUGCGGAACAACAUUCUUGAGUUGUAUGAGAAGCCUAAUUGCCCCUUACUGAAGACUUUGAUGCUACAAGGUAAUCCUGGGUUGGACAAGAUAUGCGAUGGCUUCUUCCAAUACAUGCCAUCUCUCAGAGUGUUAGAUCUGUCUCAUACUUCUAUCAGCGAAUUACCUUCAGGGAUCAAUUCAUUGGUUGAAUUGCAGUACCUGGAUUUGUAUAACACAAACAUCAGGUCACUUCCAAGGGAGCUAGGAUCUCUAUCAACUCUGCGGUUCUUGCUUCUCUCACAUAUGCCACUGGAAACGAUCCCAGGUGGUGUUAUAUGCAGUCUCACAAUGCUGCAAGUUCUGUACAUGGAUCUCAGCUACGGAGAUUGGAAGGUUGGUGCAAGUGGAAAUGGUGUUGAUUUUCAGGAGCUUGAGAAUCUGCGUAGGCUCAAGGCUCUGGACAUCACAAUACAAUCUGUUGAGGCUCUGGAGCGGCUGUCACGGUCAUAUCGCCUUGCUGGUUCCACAAGAAACCUGCUGAUAAAGACAUGCUCCAGCCUGACAAAGAUAGAGCUUCCUUCGAGCAACCUGUGGAAGAACAUGACUAACCUGAAGAGAGUGUGGAUUGUGAGCUGCAGCAACUUAGCUGAGGUAAUCAUUGAUAGCAGCAAAGAAGCUGUUAAUAGCAAUGCGCUCCCCCGUUCCAUCCUGCAAGCUCGGGCUGAACUUGUUGAUGAAGACCAGCCCAUCCUUCCAACCCUGCAUGAUAUCAUCCUUCAGGGACUACAUAAGGUAAAGAUCAUCUACAGAGACGGUUGUGUACAGAAUCUAGCAUCAUUGUUCAUCUGGUAUUGCCAUGGCCUGGAAGAGCUGAUUACUGUCAGUGAAGAGCAAGACAUGGCGGCAAGCGGCGGUGGACAAGGUUCAACAGCAUUUAGAGUCAUCACACCCUUCCCCAACCUCAAUGAACUGUAUCUCCAUGGCUUGGCAAAGUUCAGGAGGCUGAGCAGCAGUACAUGUACACUGCACUUCCCGGCGCUGGAGAGCCUGAAAAUUAUCGAGUGCCCGAAUUUGAAGAAGCUGAAACUUUCUGCUGGAGGACUUAAUGUGAUACAAUGCACCAGGGAAUGGUGGGAUGGGCUGGAGUGGGAUGAUGAGGAAGUCAAAGCUUCUUAUGAUCCAUUGUUCCGCCCAUUGCACUGA